ACACGAACGAGCUCGUCAAAGGCGAUUGUCCGUCCACGCGGAAGCAGAGCCACCGCUCGCGAGCAUCUAUCCCUCGAUCGCCUCUCACUCGCAGAACACGUACACCUCGUGUCCCCGUACACGUUCCUCAGGCUCUUCUUGUAUGCCGGUAUUUUGGCGGCGGUGCGUGGAUGUGCCAGUUACCUCCGCCCCGCGCCGCCUCUGCAACGUCCAAAUUAUCGAAUAGGAGAGCCAGCGACGACGAUGCUUUCGCGACGAACAUUCCAAGGAGCGAGACGGCUCGAACGAUGACACGAUGACUGGUGAAAAGUAGUCUACGUGUGAUGCCUCUUCGUGUGCGUUAUGGGCUGGGUUGGAGGCUGGUUGUCUGCCGAGGAUGGGUUGGACGAUUCUUUUAGAUGAAGCGAAUCUAUUCGUUCGAAUUCUAUGACGAAAAAAAAAAAAAAUUGAAGAAUAUUGAAGAUUGACAGACGUCUCGCAAACAUGAGAUCAGUAAUUUGGCGUGCCAAACAACGGUAAAUUUAAGAACAAAUUUUAUUUUGUUAUAAAAAUGAAAAUUUUUUAAGGUUCGUAAAUUAUAAAAUCAUUACAGCUAUUAGCUUCCAGAUAUAAGUAAGAAACGUAAUCGAUCAUUCCCUUUUUAUCUCUCCUUUAGGUUCAAAGAAUCAUGUGUUUGGUUAAUUACAAUUUUGUAAUCAGAUGCUAUCUUUGACAAUAAUAAAUUAUCUUCGAUACCAUCACCAGUUACUAUUAUUAAAUGCCUAUUUCAAUGUUAUAUUGAAUAUAAAUCGUCGUUUUUUAUGGAAGAUAUGAUUGGGUUACUUUCAACAAUUAAAGAUCAAUCACAUGAAAAUUUUAACAAUAAGAGAAUUCUAUCCUGAUAUACAAAUAAUUGUACGAUUAUUGGAGUAAAAGUUUGCUAAAUGGUCGUUCUACGAACAAAGUUUAUAGGAAAUAAUAGCGCGUACAAGAAGAACGCGCUUCGAUAUCCUUUCACGAUGUACGAACAGAAAAAUGUUGUAUACACAAAGAAAAAUUCACAUAUUUACGACAAUAAAAACUUCAAUCCAGAUGAUAUUACUACAGUUUAUAAACAUCCGGAUGUUACUUAUAUCUGCGAAUAUAUAAAAGACAAAUUCUAUUUCGCGACGUUAUGCAACGGUCGAAAAGAAGUGAAAAGCACAUCUCAUAUCCAUUUUUUUACAAUCGAUGACGAGCUAGUUUAUAACAAUUUCUAUCAUGACUUUGGUCCCUUAAAUCUUGCUUGUUUAUACAAAUAUUGCCAUAAGGUAAACAAAAAACUAGAGAGUCCAGGAAAUGAGCACAGGCAAAUUGUGCACUACACUUCGCAACGAGAGCACAAAAGAGCAAAUGCCGCGUAUUUAGUUGCCUCUUUUGCAGUAUUAUAUUUGAACAAGAGUCCAAGAGAAGCUUACAAUACUCUUUUCAUGGGAGGCGAAAUUCCUAUAAAGCCGUUUCGAGAUGCCUCUAUGGGAUCAGCCAUUUAUAGCAUUCAUUUGUUAGAUUGCUUAAAUGCGCUUAAGAAAGCAGCAUCUUUUGGCUUUUUUAAUUUUAACGAUUUUGAUGUGGUUGAAUAUGAAAAAUACGAGGACAUGAGAAAUGGUGCUUUAAAUUGGAUGGUACCGCAAAAGUUUCUGGCUUUUGUUGGUCCAAGCACGGAGCCAGGCACUCCCUAUCAUCCUCCUGAAUGUUAUAUUGAUUAUUUUUUACAAAAUGAAGUCACUGCCGUAGUUAGAUUGAAUAAGAAAGCGUACAAUGCAUCAAGAUUCACCGAGGUAGGAAUCACGCAUUAUGAUAUGUUCAUGCCAGACGGCACGGUACCACCAAAAAGAAUUUUGAAUGAAUUUUUGAAUUUAAGCGAAAACACUAGUGGACCUAUCGCAGUUCAUUGCAAAGCUGGACUAGGAAGAACAGGUUCAUUGAUUGCUGCAUUUUUAAUAAAACAUUAUAAAAUGACAGCAAGAGAAGCUAUUGCUUGGAUAAGAAUUUGUAGACCUGGUUCCGUUAUAGGACACCAGCAAUCUUGGUUAGAAAAUAUUGAGAAAAUUUUGUUGAAUGCUGGUCAACAAUAUAAAUUGAAGUAUUAUGGUGAUGGCGAUGUAAUAUUACACCAUAAAUAUGGGAUAUAUUCGCUCGCGGACAAAGCAGAAAAGAAAAUAUCAUACACAUCCGAAGGAGAAAAUACAGGAUUUAAUAAAUAUGACAACUCAACCAACGAAAAGAAGGGCAAAACAAAACUUACAAGAAUUUUAGGAAAAUUAAGAAAUUUCCGGGGAUCAGAUGAUGCAGAUCGAGUGUCACAGAAAUUCAGAGUUACCGAUUCAUAUAAUAUGACACAAGGAGAUAGACUCAACGAAAUCAAAAUGAAUAGAUUCAAAUCAUCUCGAAAUCCUGAAUCACGGCAAAAGAAUUAUAUCGCUUAUGGAUUAGAUGCUUUAAAAAACGCGCGGCGAAGAAAAUAAGUAAGUAAUUAAUAUGAAAAAAGAAAAAGUAAUUGUUAUUUUGCGUUCAAACACGAAACGUUCAUUUGUAAUUAUAAUUAAGAAUCUAUCAAUUCAAACAUUAUAUGUAUAAUAAUUUAUAUCGAAGUAUAUACAUAUAAGGAUAAGUAAAGUCAAAACAAAUUUCAGA